UAGAAGAGAAGAAAAUAAAUAUUGGUUAGGAAGAAGAGAGCAUGCUUCGUCCUCAUCGAGUACCCAACUUCUCUCUCUUUCUCUCUCAGUUUUUAUUCUGAUUUGUUUAUUGGACUUCGUAGGGUCCUUUUCCUGUACUCUGAGCUCACUCGCUAUUCCAAACGAAUUAAAAGAAGCUUCAUCUCCCUCUCCUCUUCCCUCAAUCUCAUUCUCUUCCUCCAUGGAGAUUCCCCAAUCUCAGCCCCUCUCUCCGCCCACCGCCGCCAGAAGAAGCGGCAGCUUUCCCACCUCCCCCGAGUUCGAGUUCUGGAUGGUUCGAAACCCCUCUUUCCCUCAGCCCAAUCUUCUCUCUGCCGACGAGCUCUUCGUCGAUGGCGUUCUUCUUCCCCUUCACCUCCUAUCCAACCACUCCUCCUCUCCGUCCACCGACCCUAACCAGAAACCUGAUACAGAGCUUCCUCCCUCCGAACCCGAUCCCAGCGACGGCCCCAAAUUGACGCCCAAUUCGGCGGAUUCGGGUUCUUCGUUAUCCUCCUCCAAGCGGUGGAGCAUUUUCAAGAAGAGUGAGAAGAAGAACGCCACGGCUAAUCAGGAGGAUCGAGACAAGGAGAAGAAGAAAGAGAAGAAGACUGGGAAUGGGUCUACAUCGGCCGAGUUGAAUAUCAAUAUUUGGCCCUUUUCGCGUAGUAGAUCCGCUGGGAAUGCUUUCACUCGGCCUAAAAUGUUCCCCGGCGCCCAACCCGGAUCCCGGAAGGUCAACAGUGCGCCGUGUUCUCGCAGCAACUCCGCCGGCGAGUCCAAGUCCAGGAAGUGGCCCAGCAGCCCCAGCCGCCCUGGCGUCCAUCUGGGCCGGAGUAGUCCAGUUUGGCAGGUCCGCCGCGGCGGAUCCACUGCCAAAUCCUCCGAAACCCUCUCUCGCAAUGCCGAAAAAACCACACGGAAAGAACCCACGGACGCGCACCGGAGCAAGGCCGCCGCCGCCUCCUCCUCUGCCUCUAGAGUUAGAGUUUUGAAUUUGAAUGUCCCCAUGUGUAUUGGGUACAGGAACCAUUUGAGCUGUAGAAGCGAUGAAACCAGUGCACUUGGGGUUAUUGGCAGCGGUGGCGGUGGAAACAGCAGCAGCAGCGGCGGGAGCCAUGGUUACGACAACAAUGGAGAUGGCGGCAAUAUCAAUAAUCCUGGAAAUUCAAGUAGUACUGCUAAUCUCUUUAGUAUAAGAAGCCUUUUCACUAAGAAAGUGCAUUAACAACCUUGUCAUAAAAUGAAUUUAACGCUUUCACAUGUAUUAUUGUAUAGGAAUCUCUCCUAGUCUAAACUUUUUGCAUCUCUAUGUAAUUAACCAAAAGUAUUAGCCAUCUGAGUUCUGACUGUACUUAAUUAAUCAGCUCUGUACAGAGUUUUGUUGGCUGUUGCCGUAAUUUCAAUCAAAUUUUCUCAAAAAAAUUAACUCACCCACGUUUGGAUUGAUCUCUCUGUUCCAAAUAAUUUCUUCUCACUGAUGAUUUGUUGGGUUGAAGUUAAAUGAAUGCCAUUCUGAAAA